AAAGUGGAAGGGAGGGUGUCUGUGAUUAAAGGAUACAGCGCAGGUUCAGCAGCAGCAGCAGCAGCAGCAUUAUUAUUAGUGUAACAGUUAGGUUGGAAUACUGCAAAACCAAUAGUCUAUUUUUCCUGGAUUUUUCUAACGAAUAUGGGAAGAGAAAAAAAUGCUUUAUUGGCGAUUGUAUGGAUAUACUUGUUAAAAACGUGCGCAAGUCUUUCAAAUACUACAACUGAAGCAACCUUUUUAACAAACAGCACGGAGUGGGUUGUCGACUACAGCAGCAUCGAAUCCAAGUUCUCUCUGCGCACGCCUGAAGUUCCGGACGAUGACACCUGUUACCUGGUCCCGGGGCAACCUGAGACCAUCGCGCAAUGCAAAUUCAACCAGACCAUAAAGACCUUCGUGGUCAUCCACGGGUGGACGGUGACUGGGCUGUUUGAGAGUUGGAUCCCCAAGCUGGUGGCAGCGCUGUACGAGAGAGAGCCCCACUCCAACGUGAUUGUGGUGGACUGGCUGCACCGAGCGCAGCAGCACUACCCCACCUCUGCUGCGUACACCGAGCUAGUGGGGCAAGAUGUGGCCAAGUUCGUGGACUGGAUGGAGAGUCAAAUAAACUACCCUUUGGAGAUGUUUCAUCUGCUCGGGUAUAGUCUCGGAGCUCACGUUGCUGGCAUUGCCGGCAGUCUCACAAACAACAAGGUCAACCGAAUCACAGGCCUCGAUCCGGCCGGCCCCACGUUUGAGUACGCGGAGGAGCAGCGGCGACUGUCCCCGGACGAUGCUAACUUUGUGGAUGUGCUGCACACCUACACCAGGGGCUCCCCCGACCGGAGCAUUGGUAUCCAGAAGCCAGUGGGCCACGUUGAUAUCUACCCCAAUGGGGGGGUCUUCCAGCCAGGCUGUGAUCUGCACAAAGCCAUGCUCAUGAUUGCUGCCAAUGGAUUUGCAGAUAUGGACCAGAUCGUGAAAUGCUCCCAUGAACGCUCCAUCCACCUGUUCAUUGAUUCGCUGUUGAACGAGGAGAAGCCGAGCAUGGCAUACCGCUGCAACACCAAGGAAGCCUUCGACAAGGGGCUCUGCCUGAGCUGCCGCAAGAACCGCUGCAACACCCUGGGCUACGACGUCAACAAAGUGAGAAACAAGAGGAGCGCCAGGAUGUAUCUGAAGACCAGGGAGGUGAUGCCUUACAAAGUUUUCCACUUUCAGAUCAAGGUGCAUUUCUUCAACAGGAUAAACAUCUCCUUCACAGAUCAGCCAAUCCUGUUGUCUCUGUAUGGGACACAUAAUGAAGUCCAGGACAUUGCCCUCUCCAUACCUGACAUGUCAACCAACAAAACCAUCUCGUUCCUGGUGACCACCGAUGUGGACAUUGGAGACCUUCUCAUGGUGAAGAUGAAAUGGGAGAAGGAUUCCUACUUCGGCUGGUCCGACUGGUGGGGAAGCAACGACUUCAAGAUCCGCAAGCUCAGAGUGAAGGCGGGAGAAACGCAAGAAAAGGUGGUGUUCAGUGCCAAAGAUGGUGAGUUUGCAGAUCUGAAGAGAGGAGGGGACGUUUCUAUCUUUGUGAAAUCUAAAGAAGACCAGGUUCGCAAGAGGCAUGCAAGGCAUCACGAACGCAAAAGACCUGCUAAGCGCUGGAUGAACUCCAAUUGAAUACGAUGCAAAGAAUGAAAAAGCAAUAUUGCGAUGAUAUGGAUUAUUAAAUAAAUAAAUGGAAGCAAGAACUGGAAGCUAUUUUUUGGACAACGACUGUUGUCGUGGUUAUUUGUAAGCUCAGUAUAAAGCUGUCGAGCAUUUCAAUAAGGUGUGCAGCGUUAUGACAAUACUCAUUUUUACAGGGAUCUCUCCAUUUCAGUUUCUACUAUUUUAAUUUGCUUUACUGGGUCAUAUUUAGCACUUGCCUCACCAAUGUAGUUUCUUUACAUUUUACUGGAGCUCCUGAUAUGUAAAAACUGAAAUUAAAUUGGUCUCCUAUUUAAACUGGAUUGAGUUGGAUUUUAAAUAUGCAUAUAUAUAUUCACAGGGUAUGGAGUAAAGAUGGUUUUUAACCAAGUAAUUUUAACUUUCACAAAAAACAUUUAUUAAAUACUAAAAGCACUAUUUUAUUACUAACUGAAACAUGCAUGCACAAACUUUUUUUUUUUUUUUAUAUAAAUGUACGGACAAAGUCCAUAAAUUAAUCCACUAAAGUGUGUUUUUAGAAAAUACUCUUUAACCACGAGACAAGUUUUUCCUGUGAGAUCGGAGGGCCCAACAUUUAUAGCUUUAAAAAGCUCCCUGUAAAUUGUGAGACUUCCUGUCUGGUGUGUUUUAUCUUUUACA